CGCCGGGCAAGCGCAGCAUUUUCGCAGCCGUGGUCCGCGCAAACACCCUGCCACACACAUCGCGGGGCUAUUUCACCAUCGCGCGCCAGCGCUGCGCACCGUGAGAGGUCCACAGAGCAUGGAGGAGCAUCCCUUACUGCAGGCUGCACCAGCAGCAGCAGCAGCGCCAGCGCCAGCGCCGGCCGCCGCGACGGACGAGGAGAAGCGCGAGCGCAAGAAACGCAGGAGGGAAACGGGCCCGCGCCCCGUCUCCAGCGACGUCUCGUUAGGAAACCACCAGCGCUAUUAUGGGUAUCGGCCUCGAGUCCAGGGCGCCGAACCCCGAAGAGCGGACGCGCGGCUGCGCUUCCUCGACGCGACCUGGUGGAACAACAAAAAGGCCAAGGACGUGGGCUGCAACGACGGCACCUUCUCGCUAGAAAUCGCGCGGCGCUUCGAGCCCCGCAUUUUGGUCGGCGUCGACGCCGACGCCGGCUUGAUACGAGCGGCAACGGCCUUGGUAGCGAGACGCGCGAGAGAGGUCGACCCCGAUGCAUUACUCGCGAAGACGGAAGUGAAGAAAGGCGUCGCCCGGAAAGGGCCCCUACCUUUCCCGCACAACUGCUUUUUUGAGAAUGAAGAUGUCACAACGGGAGGAGGAGACCACUCCUUCGACGUCAUCUCGGCUUUCAGCGUCACGAAGUGGAUCCACCUGAACCACGGGGACGCGGGGCUGCUGAAGUUCUUCCGGGGGGUGUAUGCGUCGUUGAAACCGGGUGGGCGGUUUGUCUUGGAACCGCAGCAGUGGAAGUCCUACCAGAACCGGAGACGGGCCUCGGAGCAGAUCAAGGCGACCUUUAAAUCGAUACAAGUGAAGCCGGCGGACUUCGCGCGGGUCUUAGUGGACGACGUCGGGUUCGAGAGCUGCGAGCUCCUGGGCACGCCGGACGACGAGGCUUUGCCCGAGGGGUUCCGGCGACCGAUCUUCUGCGCCGUGAAGGGGUCUGGCGCGUAA